AAAGGGGCGAGCUUCAUUGCGGCGUGCAGUUGGAUGUAAAAUGACUUUCCUAAACCGUGCCAAUCAAAGUUUUUUAACCCAUGCUCGCCUCUGGUAUCUUGUAGAUGCGAAGGAUCAGAUCAAUGGACGCUUAGCUUCGUAUCUAAGCCAAGUUUUGCAAGGAAAGACAAAACCUAUAUACCAUCAUACAGAUGAUGUUGGUGAUUACGUUGUGGUGAUCAACACGAGACAUAUUGUUUUAUCUGGUACCAAGUGGAAAAAUAAACUUUAUCGUCAUCACACUGGUUAUCCGGGUGGAUUAAAAUCUAUAACUGCAAGAGAGCUGCACAAGCGAGACGCUACAAGGAUCCUAUGGAGGGCUGUCUAUGGAAUGCUUCCGAAAAACAAUCUCAGACCUAUUUGGAUGAACAGAUUGUUCCUUUUUGAGGACAAUGAACAUCCGUACGCGGAGAAUAUUUUUGCCAAAUUGGAAGGCCCAGCCCCCUUACCCAAAAGACUGGAAGAGUUCACAGUAGAGGAAAUCGAAAACUAUCCGAAACUCUUUUGAUCAAUAUUUUGGAUGCUAGCCCUCAUUAACUCCAACCAUCAUUGCCUUUUCAACUGUGAGAAUGUAAUUUUUGCAGAGAUAACAUCAAGAUGAAAAACAUGAUGAAAAUUUUGACUUAACAUUUUCAUGAGUCAAUGGAUGACUUUAGCCGUCACAUGUGGUGUUUGGCUCACUAGUUAUAUGCACAUGACAUGAAAAAUAACAAGUACAAUUCAUCAUUUCAUGGUCAACCACUUUAUCCCAUUUACCUAGUAAUUUCAAAUAAACCGUGUUUUUUUUUGAGGCAAUGACACAAUUAAAACCAUGAAUUAACCAUCA